AAUGUCUGCAUACAUUAUUAGAAUAGAUUGAAGUAUACAAAAGCAUGUAUUAUUAACAGCAUCAUUUCUUUUUUCUGAAUUUUAGAAUUUUUACAACAUAAAUUUGAUAUAUGAUAUACAUAUAUCUUAAAAAAUAUAUAUAUUUUAGUAAUUGUUUUUCUUAACGUACUGUUCGUACUGAGUAUCAUACAAAAUGAAACAAAUUCUUUGCGGCAAAAUAGGAGACAGGAUUGUGCUGAUUUCAAAGACAUCACGAUAUCCUGUACCUCUAUUUAAUACAAAAAAUUUAACAUCGGGUAGAAUGAAUAAAACUUGUCGACCAUUAUUAGCAUCACCACAUAUACGUUAUUUUGGAAAUCCCAAUCGUGCAUAUGCAAUGUUUAUUGGAAGAAUUUUAAAAGGAGCACUGAAAGUUCGAUAUCUUUUAUUGGGUGGAGCAGUUGGUAGUGGAGUAACUUUGCAAAAGAAAUACGAACAAUGGAAGGAAGUUAUGCCAGACAUGAGCUGGUUAGAUGAUAUAUUUCCUAAUGAACAAAAAUGGAAAGAUAUUCGCGAAUCUCUUAUGGUUGUUAAAAACAUUUUCCCAGAAAAAAUAGAAUUCGAUCCACGUAUAAAACAACUUGGGGAAGCUAAAUAUAGGGAAUACAAAGAAUGGUUUAAUCAAAGACUGGAUGAUGCUAUCAAGGCAGCUGAAGUUAACCAAACUCAAGCAGGUCUGGAUAUUUCCUCUAAUCGUAUAUUUGACGCAAUCUCAUCAAUAGUAUAUCAACUUUAUUCAGAAACAAAGCAGCAAGUGGUGAAUAAUACUGUAGCAUUUGCACGACCAUUAGCCGAUGAUACUAUCGAAGAGGAACGUAAGAAAGCUCAAAAAUCACAAGAACGAUUGAGUGCUAUGCAAGAAGAAGUAAUGCAAAUACAAUCUAAAUAUCAACGUGAAUUAGAACGAUUAGAGAGAGAAAAUAAAGAACUUCGAAAGCAAAUGCUUCUACGUGGCAAUCAAAAAAUGAGCAACAAGAAAAUAAAGAAAUCUUUAAUUGAUAUGUAUAGUGAUGUCCUAGAUGAACUCAGUGAUUAUGAUAGUGCCUAUUCAACAGCUGAUCAUUUACCAAGAGUGGUAGUAGUUGGUGACCAAAGUUCUGGUAAAACAUCUGUGUUAGAAAUGAUUGCCCAAGCAAGAAUAUUUCCCAGAGGAGGUGGUGAAAUGAUGACAAGAGCACCUGUCAAAGUCACUUUAAGUGAAGGUCCAUAUCAUAUAGCUCAAUUUAAAGAUAGUUCAAGAGAAUUUGAUUUGACAAAAGAGUCAGAAUUAGCUGAAUUAAGACGUGAAGUAGAAUUACGUAUGAAAAAUAGUGUUAAAAACGGUAAAACUGUUAGCCAGGAUGUAAUUUCAAUGACAGUAAAAGGACCAGGUCUUCAACGCAUGGUCCUUGUUGAUCUGCCUGGUAUAAUUAGCACAGUUACAGUUGACAUGGCAGAAGAUACACGUGAGGCUAUUCGACAGAUGACUCAACAAUAUAUGAGCAAUCCUAAUGCCAUUAUUCUUUGUAUCCAAGAUGGUUCUGUGGAUGCUGAAAGGAGUAAUGUAACAGAUCUUGUUGCUCAAAUGGAUCCUAGUGGCAAACGAACUAUUUUUGUUUUAACUAAGGUAGAUUUAGCAGAAGAAAAUUUAGCCAAUCCUGAACGUGUUCGCAAAAUAUUAUCUGGCAAGUUAUUUCCUAUGAAAGCAUUAGGUUAUUUUGCUGUUGUUACUGGUCGAGGUAGACAAGAUGAUACUAUACAAACAAUCAAAGAUUACGAAGAAAAAUUCUUCAGAAAUUCUAAACUUUUCAAAGAUGGUUUAGUAAUGUCUGGUCAAGUUACGACGAGAAAUUUGAGUCUUGCAGUUGCAGAAUGUUUUUGGAAGAUGGUUCGUGAAACUGUAGAACAACAAGCAGAUGCAUUUAAAGCUACCAGAUUUAAUCUUGAAACGGAAUGGAAAAAUAAUUUCCCAAGAUUAAGAGAAUUGGAUAGAGAUGAACUUUUUGAAAAAGCAAGAGGAGAAAUCUUGGAUGAAAUUGUAAAUCUGUCUCAAGUUUCGCCUAGACACUGGGAAGAAGUGCUAAUGGUCAGAAUUUGGGACAAAGUUAGCAUGCACGUAUUUGAAAACAUCUAUCUACCCGCGGCUCAAAGCGGAAGUCCAAGCACAUUUAAUACUACCGUUGAUAUAAAACUUCGUCAAUGGGCUGAACAACAAUUGCCAGCUCGAAGUGUCGAAAGCGGUUGGGAAUGUUUACAACAGGAAUUUCAACAUUUUAUGAACCAAGCAAAACUCAGUCCUGAUCAUGAUGAUAUUUUCGAUAAUUUAAAAAAUGCAGUAGUCAGUGAAGCUAUGAGACGACAUUUUUGGGAAGAAAAAGCAUCUGAAAUGUUACGAGUUAUUCAACUAAAUACUUUAGAGGAUAGAAGUGUAAAUGAUAAACGUGAUUGGGAUCAAGCAGUCCGUUUUCUAGAAACUUCGGUUAAAGAGAAAUUGCAAGCUACAGAACAAAUUUUACGAGAUAUGCUAGGUCCAGGUCGCAAGGAACGAUGGCUGUACUGGCAAAAUCAAAGUGAAGAACAACAGAAACGCGUAGCAGUGAAGAAUGAAUUAGAUAAAAUUCUCUAUGCAGAUAAAAAACAUACUCCUACCCUCACUCAAGAUGAACUCACAACCAUUAGAAAAAAUGUGCAACGAAAUGGUUUGGAAAUCGAUAAUGAAUUUAUUCGAGAAACAUGGCAUCCGGUGUACAGAAGAUUUUUCUUGCAACAAAGUUUAGCUAGAGCAUAUGAUUGUAAAAAGGGAUAUUAUCUUUAUCAUACUGGACAUGAAAGUGAAAUGGAAUGCAAUGAUGUUGUUUUAUUUUGGAGAAUUCAACAAAUGCUUAAGGUUACAGCUAAUGCACUUCGACAACAAAUUAUGAAUCGAGAAGCUCGUAGAUUAGAUAAAGAAAUAAAGGAGGUAUUAGAAGAUUACAGUCAAGAUAGCGAAAUAAAACAAAAAUUAUUGACUGGUAGACGUGUCACAUUAGCUGAGGAAUUAAAACGUGUCAGACAAAUUCAAGAAAAAUUAGAAGAAUUCAUUCAAGCAUUAAAUAAAGAAAAAUGAAGAAAUUUAUAAUCUAGAAAUUUAAACUCAUGCUACUGUGGUAUGUAAUAAGUGAUAAUAAGCCCUGGUGGCUGUAAUGCGUGAAUGCUUAGAUAUUAAUUUAUUUUUUCGUUAAUUAAGCGACAAUGUAGAAGACUACUAGUCAGAUUUUAUGAGAUAUGGAACUGUUAUAUAUUUAAAAGAUGUGAUUUGAUACAUGAAAUUAUAGUUCGAUUAUUAUUAUGAAAAUUAUAGCCGAUUACAUGAUCGUGAUUUACACUAUAUUUUUAUUUCGUUCACUAAAUUUUGUUCACAAAUAUUUUUGUCCAAACACAAAUGCAAAAUAUUGUUAAUAGUUGCUAUUAAUUAAUCGAAAUGAACAACACGAGAAAAUUUAAAAAUUAUUGCUUCAGAAUAUUGAAUGGGAUAUACAUGACACAUGGAGUGUAGAUAUUCUUAAUAUGAUUAUAGAAAAAUAAUUUUCAUUGCAUUUUGUAUAUAUAUUUCAUUUCUGCAUACAGAACGAAUGAAACGAACAUACGUUUUGUAUGGAUAGAUAAAGAACGAAAUAAAGAAAUUAAAACUAAA